GUCCCGGUGUCCCGGAGCCGCUCCUGGCGGAAGGGCCGGGCCGGGCUCCCCUCCCCUUCCGGCAGCCAUGGAACCGUGCUGGGAGCCGGGCGAGCCGGGCGAGCCGGGCUGGGCACGGCCUGAGGGCGAGCUGGGGGGCCGGGGGCUGCUGGCCUUGGCCGUGGCCAGCGGGGCGGCCGCAUGGGCGACCUGGGCUGUGCUGCUGAUGCCCGGCUUCCGCCGCGUCCCCCUGCGCCUGCAGGUGCCCUACCAGCCCUCCAGCCCCCGGCAGGUGGCCAACGCCCUGGCCCUGCUGCGAGGCCGCGCCGGGAAGACCGUGGAUCUGGGAUCCGGAGAUGGACGGCUCGUGCUCGAGGCUCACAAGCAGGGGCUGAGGCCAGCCCUGGGCUAUGAGCUCAACCCCUGGCUGCUGUGCCUGGCCAACUACCGUGCCUGGAAGGCUGGGUGCCAUGGGAAUGUCUCCUUCCUGAAGAAGGAUCUGUGGAAGGUGGAUCUUUCUGACUGCCACAACGUGAUCGUGUUCCUGGCCCCCAGCGUGAAACCUCCCUUGGCCACCAAGCUGCUGGCAGAGCUGCCUGACGACGCCCGGGUGGUGGCUGGACGCUUCCCCUUCCCCUGCUGGACCCCCAGCAGCAGCCUGGGGCAGGGGCUGGAGCAGGUCUGGGCCUAUGACAUGAAGGAGGUGCGGCGAGAAGUGCAGGGCAGUGCCCAGGAAAGCCAGGUCUGACCCCAGCCUCGUUAAGCCUGGUUUAACAUCAGCCUCAUUAAGCCUGGCAUUAAGGGUCAGAGCCACUCCAGCCCUUUGCUCAGCUCAGGACAGAAGUGCUUGGCCAGCAUUUGUCCUGGAGACUUGCAGGGUGGCAGUCCUUCAUUUUUCCAGAGUGUGAGCAAAUCAAGGGAGGAGAAAAUCAGACCUCGAAAUCCUGGAGUUAACCUAGGAUUUAAGGGAUAAAGCUCCAGUCCCUCUUUUUGGACGAUUGCUAGUUUAUUUAAUUUUUAAAAAUAAAGUUUUGGUUGAUUGUU